UCAGUUUCAGUUGGCGUUGAACGCCCAGAGCGUGCGGUGGUGUUUGACAUUUUUUUCGUGCAUUACUAACAAUUAUUAUAACGAUUGUAAACAACAUUUUAUUUAACUGAAUUUUAAAAUCAUGCGAAUAAAAUGGGAAUUCGUCUAUUCGAGAAACGAGAUAAUUGAAGGAGAACAAAUGCUCUGAUUGUGAGGCCGAUGAGAUUAGGAGCAAGAUAAAAAAUAUUGGGAGAUUACAAUCGUUGCAGUGAUCAUUAUUUCAUGUUGAAUUCGUUAACCCAAAUAUUAAUCUGAUUCGCCAAACUGAAGCCCAUCUAUUUAUGAGGAUUCCUCCAAUUAUUUUCAUUCUCAGUGAAGUUUUAGAGAUUGUACACCAAUAAAAAGAAAUUCAGUGGGCGCUCAGAGAGCAUUUCUUCUCCUUCGAGCAUUCCCAAAGAAGCCUUAUUGACCGAGAUAUCUUGGUGAUUUUCCAAACACAGUCUUGACAAAUAAACUUGGAAAUAGAAGUGAAACACACACAUACAGUUUAAGACGAUAGUGUUAAAGACAAAAGGAAAAAAUAAAGCAGGAACGGAAUACUUAUAGUUUCGUGCUACUCGAAUUAGAAGUCGUUGGCCUGUCGGCUAAAUAUAAAUGUGAGAUCUGUGGAUACGUGUUGAAAAUUACUACUGGUCGGUAGUGUCGCGGGAGACCACGUGGAACUACCGAAAAUUCGCGUGCGAAACUUCAAAACAUUGGUGUUUAAUGGAGGAGUUUCGAGAGUGAAAGAAACUGAUUAUUGUGCUAAAAUAUUGUGUGGAAGAUUAUGCGAGGAACAUUCGUCAGUACAACGUUCGAAUUUUUCGGUGUUACAAUCCUGUCGUUUUUUCAUAACUCAUAAUGAGGAUCAUUCGUGCGUGUUGAAUUGAAACAACAAAAGGGAAACAACGAACGAUAUUCUGUCAACGCCCAAUCUGUGUCAGAAUUCGUCGACAUUUGUGUUGAAUGUAAAAAAAAAAACGGUUUCAUCACAAUAAACAAACCUGUGGACAUUGAAACAAAAAAAAAAUACUCGGAUUUACAUCGAUGCUGGGCACAUGCGAGGAAAUAAAAGCCACGAGAUAUUUCGAAAUAUCGAAUCUAGAUCUUGUGAAGUGGUUGAGCAAUCAUAGCAAACUCAAGUACGAGGGAAACGAAGAAAAAAAGUCUCGAGGUUCCGUUGGGCCGAGAGGAAUCUUCCACUGCGUUACACAUCGAGUCGUAUACUUCGUAUUCUGAUAUCGAACUGCGUGUGAAUGCAGAAUAUCGGUGAGAUGACGAAAAACUCGUCGGAAUACGUUAAAGCGAUCGAGUGUGGAAUUUCUCCAACUCAGGUGGUCGAAACGAAAUUGUACAAAAGACGAUGGCUCGUUCUCGCCAUUUUCGUUGUAUACAGCGCGAGCAACUCGAUGCAAUGGAUUCAAUACAGUAUUAUAAACAACAUCAUCACCCGGUACUACGGUGUUUCAGAUUUUGCAGUCAACAUGACCAGCAUGAUCUACAUGAUAACUUACAUACCUUUCGUAUUCCCAGCGAGCUAUUUCCUCGACAAAUUCGGUCUUAGGUACGCUGCAUUGUUCGGCGCAGUUGGAACAGCACUCGGUGCCUGGAUAAAGGUUCUCAGUGUUUCUCCCGACAGAUAUUGGGUCACAUUCCUAGGUCACACGAUAGUCGCCCUUAGUCAGACCUUCGUACUUUCCGUCCCUGCUAGAUUAGCGGCAGUUUGGUUUGGCCCUGAUCAGGUCAGCAGUGCCUGCAGCAUUGGCGUUUUCGGAAAUCAGCUCGGAGUAGCGAUUGGUUUCCUGUUCCCAGCGAUGUUGGUACCAGCCAGUGACGAUCCCUCUGUUGUGGCUCAGGGAUUGCAGCUUAUGUUUUACAUCGUUGCUGUUUCUACAACUGUCAUACUCAUCCUUAUAAUUUUGUUUUUCAAAGCGGAACCACCUUUGCCACCGAGUCCUGCCCAAGCAGUACAGCGCGAGGCCGAACAUGCCGAAGAUUUUUUCCAAUCGAUCAAACGAUUGUGCACAAACGUCGGCUAUUUGUUGCUCCUAUUGAGUUAUGGAAUAAACGUCGGUAUUUUUUAUGCAAUAAGUACACUCCUGAACCAAAUUGUCCUCAAAUAUUUUCCGGGCAGCGAACUGGACGCUGGUAGAAUAGGCCUAACGAUCGUUUGUGCCGGUAUGUUGGGCUCUGUAAUGUGUGGUGUCGUUCUCGACAAGACUCACAGGUUCAAGGAGACGGCGAUUGGUGUCUAUUUGUUCUCGUUUCUGGGUGCAAUAGUGUUCGCGUUUACUCUGGACGCGGGUACGAUUGUCGUUCUGUACGUAACUUCGGGUCUACUGGGUUUCUUCAUGACCGGCUAUUUACCCGUUGGUUUCGAAUUUGCCGCCGAAUUGACGUAUCCCGAACCCGAGGGAACGUCGGCGGGACUUUUGAAUGCUGUGACUCAAGUCUUUGGGAUAAUAUUCACGAUUUUGUACGGCAUAAUGUUCAGUUCUUGGGGUGACUUUUGGGCAAAUAUAGUGCUCUGCAUCACUCUUGCAUUGGGGGUUUUCCUCACAACAAUAAUUCCGAAUGAUCUUAGACGGCAAAACGCGAAAUCGUGAAUCGAUCAAUUGUAAUUUAUGUACAAACGAGCGUCUUUUUAUUUCUGUAUUAAUCUUCAUUCAACAUCCAGAAGAUUUGGUACAACUGUGUCCUAUUUUCUGGAUUCACCUCAAUUUCGUGAGCUGUUCAUUUAUGUCGUUUCAAGUGCCAAAUAGAUCUCAUCAUUAUCGGUAUUUUUAACAUACGAUUUUGGUUAUUUUUCAAUAACUUUACGACGAGUAAUUGCUGGUCCCAAAUUUAGUGAGAAGCGAAAAAAAAAACCAUUAAAAAUACGGUGAUCUUACAUAUCGAGACGAAGCAAUAACGAAACCACCAAAAACAACAAUAAUGACGAUAACAAUAAUAGAUGAAAUGAGUAAAAGGAUUCCGCAACUCCUUGUAAAACAAAAAAAAAUAGAUGGAAUAAUAUUCAUCAUAAUGAUAAUAAUUGUAGCGAGAAUAAUCAUUUCGCAAGUAGAAAUCAACGCCAUGGAGAUUAUCAACGCGAAGUUUCAUCAUUCCCACAAAAAAUAUUCGUUAUAUCAAUUUCCUCGUAGAUCAAUUCGGAUAUUCUCGUUUCUGUGACCUUAUUUCGGAGAUGGAGCUGAUGUUCGAAACAACAAAUAUUCAAUUUGGCUCAAACUAAUCUGAAAGUGAUGCAGUCGAUGUAAUUCUAUCUUUUGCUCUGUAUGAGAUAGUCCCAGAACAUUUUUAUUCUGUUUUGUCGAAUAAUUCUCAUGGAAAAAAUUAUUAUAAUCAUGAGAGUUUUCUAUAACGGAGAGAUAAAUAAUUAAAAUGAAGGAGUAUCAGGAACAAGAGGAUUUGGGCUGCGAUAUAUUAUGUGAUUAACCACGAGUGCCAAAUUGACAAUUCGCAUUGUUGAGGUGAAACGCUACCUUGAAGUUUGAAGUGAUAAAGUGAAUUGAAAGUCUCAUUUUUUAAUUAGACUGUCGAAAAGUUUGUUGUACGGUAUCAAUUUUUGUUACGAUAUUUUGAGCUUGUUCACUGAAACAAAACACAAAAUAGUGUAGAAUUUUCGAACCUUUGCAGUGGUGGAGACGCCUCGUGAGAAAUGUGAAAAAUGGUUCUUGAUUCACCCUCCACCCUUCCCCUCAAGUUGUAAUGUUGUUCGGAGCUUUUAGCUUGACAAAGGUUCGGAAACACUGGCCUUGUCUAGACCCAAAGUAAAUUCUAUGCUGCGAAAGCCAAGUGUAUAUUUUUUGAACGUUUAAGAUAACAAAGCGAAAUUCAGCAAUACGCAAAUGUAUUUUAGAAAAAAAUGAAGUAAUACGGCACUAGAUCGUAUUUGUGACUCGAGUUCCGUUGUUUUUUCUUUUAGUGCAAACAAACAAAGGGAAAUGUGAGAAUUGAGGCUUAAGCGAAAAUUAUGAAAAAUAUAAAUAUUUAUAUUUCGAAGAAAAUUAGUGAUAAAAAGAUUGAUAUAAACAAAUAUAUACAUAUAUAUAUAUAUAUAUCAGAAUUUAUGAAGAACCAGAUGUUCACAUAGAGUUGUAUAAAAUGCUCUCGUAUUUUUCUAUCUCAUGUACAAAACAAUCUGUCAAAUUUCUUGGGACAUUGAAUUUUGUGGAGAUUGAAAAAGUCGUAGAUUCUUUCUUGAUAAAACAGAAAGAAAAUAAACCGAACAAUUUUCCGCAGGUCGGAAGACUUCCAAUACAUAUUUUUGUAGAAGCGAGAUCGAGAACAAUAGAACGAACUCAUUUUCAUUCGAUUCUUGCCCUCGACGUUUACGUCAUUAUCGAAUAAUUAUUAAUUACCUGGGACCAUGCUAACAAGUCCGGUGACGUGGUUUUAUCGAUUUAUCGAUUAUAAAAUUCGUCAAUGACUCAUACAAUACACCAAAAAACGAAAAACACAUUACAUCGAAUACUUUUGAAUGAAAUUCUUGUCUUGGACCAGAAGAGUUUCAAAUGAACGAUCAAUUUUUUCAAACCGUGUUUUCUGUACCUGCUGUUAUCAUAUUUAUAUUUUUUUAUAGCCUCAAUAUUAUUCGAUCGUUAUCAUUAAAAUGUAGAUUAAGCGAAUAUACUAUCCAAAUAUAAACUACAUAUAUCGAGCACCUCUGGAAAAAUCGUAUAAGAUUGAAAGAUGUGAAAAAAUAUAAAAUUGGUAAAUCAUUUCAACGUCUGUCGUAUAAGAGCUUUGCGAAGAUGACUUAAAAUUCCAUUUUAUGGAAAUAUCAAUGCUCAGCGUUUCGUGCGUAAUCUGAAAAAAAUUACCCAUCGACGAGUCUUCUCGGACAUUAAAACGGAAUUAUAAUUUUUUUGAAAAAUCAGCAAUGCAACGUUCAAAAGUGAAAUUGAUUAAGAAAUAAUAUUUUAUUUAAAGAACAGCCAUUUAUUAUUAUUAUUAUUAUUAUUAUUAUUUAUUAUUUUUUGUAGUUUUCUGUUUUGUUUUCUCUUUUGUUUCUGGAAACGCUACGAAAGGAAAUGUUUGUAUAAUGCCCUGAGAGGCUUGUAUUCAUGACGUCAGAACUCAACCCAAAAACAGUUGCAAAAUUUGUGACUUUCCAUUGGUUUUCAAUAACUUUUGGGCGGUAUCAAUGACAGGAAACUUUAUAAGAAUAUUCAUUCAGAUACAGAGAAAUCAGCAGUCUCGUUUCCGUCAUCUAGAAAUAGCUGUCUGAUUGCUCGACGGAGAAUAUUUUAUUUGCUAAACUUCAUUUUUGUACAGUUCUAAAGAUGGUUGAAUUUUUUCUGAUAUCUGUUCGAUCGCGACGUCACGAAAUUCUGGUCGAACCUUAUUUGCUGCAAGCAAACAUGUGUUUGAUAAAAAAAAACUGAGAGAUAGGAGAGCUGACAAAUAUCCAAAUAUGUUAGUAGAUACGAUCGUAGAAAAAGGCCUCGUUAGAAGAGACUCAUUGGAGAAGGCUUUCUUAUUCUUAUCAUUGAAAGCCUUCGAUCACAAUCGCGCCUUGUAAAGUCGUGUACAAAUUUAUGAAUAAAUAAAUAUUUUCAUUGUUAAAUAAACGUAUGUAUAAAUAUUGCCAACGAAAACAAAUGGAUUACAUUAUAUAUAAAUGUAUAAUUGUGUAGUAAUAUAUUGAGUAAUAAAACAUUUAUUUUUGUCGAGAAA